AUGAAGCAGCUUUUGAAGCUCAAGCAGAAACUGCGGUCCUCGGACUCAGCCAAUGGACAAUCAUCUAGGCCAUCGUCUGUACCCUCAACAACUUCAACUAGCCAGAUCGCGACUCCAUCAUGCCAUCAAUCUACUGGAUCUUCUUUGACCGUACCAGACGAGGGCUCUCCGGCUCCUACGCCAACAUCCACGGAAACAAACGAGGCAGCAACUGUUUCCCCGCCCUCACUUGAACCAGAAAACGCUGUUCGGAGUGUACCUGAGCGACUGUGGAACAAAGCCUACGACAUUCUCGAAGAGAAAGAACCCGAAGUCGUCAAAAGCUACCAGGAAAUCUUGCAACUGGUGCAGCAUGAGUGGACUGAUACAACGGCUCCCGAGGAGCUCCAGGCCCUGGAACAUUGUAAGACUGUUAAAUCCCGCCAGAUGUGGAGAUUGGUCUAUUCCGGCCUUGAGAAGUCUAAGCGGCAGGCUAAACUCAAGGAGAGUGUGUCAAAUAUCAUCGAGACUAUCGAAAAUCUCAAAGGAGUAGUGGAUAAGGCAGUGAAAUACUCCUCUGAGGCCGCGAUUGCGUGGGCGGGUGUCACUCUAGGCUUGGAGAUCCUUUCCAAUCCGAUGAAGGAACCAGGACUCAAUCGAAAAGGCAUCGCCUAUGUCUUGUCACGAAUGGAGUGGUAUUGGAAUCUGGUUGAGUUGGUCCUACAGGACAACUCCAGCGCUCCAUCUGCCACGUUGAGAACCAACCUGGAAACUCAAAUCAUUGACUUUUAUAAGAAGCUUCUGUUGUUUCAGAUGAAAAGCGCUUGUCUCUAUUACCGCAAUUGGGCAGGUGUUAUUCUACGAGAUGCAGUCAAGCUUGAUGAUUGGGCGGGGGAGCUCAACACCAUCAAAGAUGCAGAACGGCUCAUUCAGAAGGACAUUGAACAGUACGACAACCAGGAUAUCCGGUUGAAGCUAGGCACGAUCGAAACAUCUUCAGUAGACCAAGCUGAGUCGCUGGAAACUAUCUGCAAGAUUCUGCGAGAGGAGGCCCGAUUGAAAGAAAAGAACGCGCAAGAUGACAAAGACAGGGAUUGUCUGGCCGCUUUGUUGAUCACAGACCCCCGUAAGGACAAGAAACGGAUCCAAAGUCAGAAGGGCGAUCCACUCAAGGACUCAUAUGAAUGGAUCUUGAAGAGUGACGCCUAUCAGACACUCAUCGACAAUUCAUCAAGUCGAAUCUUAUGGAUCAAUGGACCGCCCGGAAAAGGUAAAACGAUGUUACUUUGUGGGAUCAUCGAUGAACUGCAAAAGAGUCUAAGGCCUAUCUCUUUCUUCCUUUGUCAAGCGAACGUCAAAGAAGAGGACCUGUCUAGCGAUAUUGCUGUCCUGAGAGGGUUGAUCUAUGUUCUUCUUGAACAUCAACCGUCCCUCAUAUCAGCGAUUCGCCCAAGCUAUGACAAGCAAAAAGACAGGCCGUUCAACAGUAUCAAUAGCAGUGAGCUUCUUGGGGAUAUUUUAACCACCAUGCUACAAGAUCCGAGUCUAAAUGACGCGAUCUUACUCGUGGAUGCUCUGGACGAGUGCACAAUCAACAGGUCCAAGCUCAUAAAACUCAUCGCGGACCUAUCUGAGUCCUGUAACACCAAGUGGAUCGUCUCGAGUCGCGACUGGCCUGAGAUCCAGCAAGAACUCGCAGAUGCGACGGGUUUGAUCUGCCUUGACCUUGAACAAGAGCAUGAGCCGGUGUCCCAAGCUGUCAAGUCAUAUAUUCGCAAGAAGGUGGAUGAUCUCGCCAAGACGAAGUGGAAGAAUGACUCGGAGUUGAAAGACAAGGUCUUCGAUUAUAUGCAGUCCCACGCUGAUGAUACGUUCCUUUGGGUAGCCUUGGUCUGCGAAAGACUUGCUAACUCUAGUAUCAGAAAGCGUUUGGUCAUGGAAGAACUUGUGAAGUUUCCAACGAGCCUUGUAGCUCUUUACCAGGCUAUGCUGGACCGAAUAACAAAUUCGCCUGAGGCUGAUCGGCUGAAACAGAUCCUAGCCUUGGUUUGCAUUGUUUACCGCCCUCUCUCAUCGGCUGAGAUCCCGACACUUGUGGAAUUCAUGGAUGAUUACGAUGAAGAAGAUGUGGAAGACGUAAUAGCCUCUUGUGGUUCCUUCUUGACACUGCAGAAUGGGGAGAUAUUCUUUGUACAUCAAUCAGCCAAGGAGUUUCUCCUCGAUCAAGGCCACAGAAUCCUUUUCCCCCAUGGAACAAAACACAAGCAUGCGUAUAUCUUCUGUCGAUCGGUUGAGGGCAUGCAGAAUACCCUCAGACAAGAUAUCUACGAACUUGGUUCGCCCGGCACCCUCAACCCGGUUGAAGUCCCAAGUCCUGACCCGUUGUGUGCUAUCAAAUAUUCAUGUGUAUAUUGGGUGCAGCACCUUUGCAAGUCAGAAUUCAUGCAGGGCCCGGACCUCUCGAGACUCAAAAGAGUGUCCAUAUUCCUUCGUUCGAAAUUCACAAAUUGGUUGGAGGCACUUAGUCUCUUGGGAGAAUUAUCUACUGCGAUUGCAAGUAUACUCCUUCUGAAAACCACGCUCGCCGACAUUCCAAUGCAGGAGCUUACCGAUUUUAUUCAUGAUGCUCAUCGGUUUAUCUACUAUCACAAACCCGCUAUCGAAAUCGCUCCCCUUCAGGUUUACUGCUCGGCACUCAUAUUUAGCCCCAAGAGUAGUGUUGUUCGCCAAAGUUUCUGCUACCAGACACCUGAGUGGAUCAUUGGCAAGCCACAGAUGGGACGGCAAUGGGAUCGUAACAUACAAACAAUUUAUACUCGCCCUGGUGCACAUCACGCCACUUACUCUCCUGAUGGCUGCUACCUAGCUGUUUCACAUUCUACUGGUUUUGAUAUCUACGAGACACUUUCAGGUGAUUUGAUCCGUCAAGAGGAGAGCCGCCUGUUUUGUCCUGCGACAGUAUACUCUCCAGAUGGGCAAUUUCUAUGCUGUUCAUGUUAUGGAAGCGUCCUUAUCUUUAGUGCGUCAACGCUUGGUUUGGUGCGGAAACUAGAGCAUAAGGCAAAGCACUGCUUCUUCCUGCCAGACGGCAACAGUAUUGCACUUGUGCACAACGGAGAUGUUGCUGUCUUUAACUGGAAGACUGGUAAAGCACUCUCUGUUCUCGACCAGAUUAUUCAAGAGAAUAGCAACAUAGCCGUACUGACCGCAACACACAUUGUCGGAAUCUCUCCAACUGCAACAGAGGUUCAGAUCUGGAAUAUAUUCACUGGCGAGUGCAAUCUUAAUCUAUCUUGGUAUAUUGGACAGAUUAAUUCAGUGGCCUGCUCAGUAGAUGGGCAGCAGAUUGCAGCAGCCUCAGCAGACCGUAUUCGACUCUGGCACUUAGAUAAUACGCUAGGCUGGGUCCAGAAACACGACUUGUACAAUGAGGAUUACGCUUGGUGUCUCACAUUCUCAGGAAAUAGCCGUAUGCUAAUCUCAGGCUCGCUUGACAACUUGAUCAGGGUCUGGGAUGAGACUGGAGGCCGUGUUAAAGUACUCAAGGGGCACUCUCGGCCAAUUAAGUUUCUAUCAGUAUGUGGAAACCAGCUGGCAUCUGGAAGCCGGGAUAAUACUCUUAAGCUUUGGGACUUGUCUGAUAUUGUGUCGAACCAACUCAGGCAGAAACAGCUAUCACCAGUUCAGACAUGCGAUUAUCCAUCUCAAGCAUCUCUGGAAAGCUCUUAUCCUGACGAAGGUCUUGGGGUUGACAGCCCUUCUAUUUUCUCCUAG